AAAAAAAAAAAAACAACCCCAAAAAAACCGGGAUCUGAUAGGCUUGCCAACAUGACAGGUAAGAACUUUCUCUCUCUCUAAUUCUGUCACGGAGAAGGCCGAGGCUGGGCAGGACGUAAGGAGAGAGGGUCCAGGGACCCGUGUGCCCUUCGAGGCUCUCCAGUCGAGGGCUGUUUUCGCUACAGCCGAAGCCCUGGCUCCUGGACCAUCAGCCUGGGAGGCUUCCGGGGCGCGCGCCAGAGGACUGCCUUGCGCCCCACCUGCCCUGCCCUGGACACAGCCCUGGGGCGAGGCAUCGAGGGGCCGUCUCGAGUCAAUAUUGGGAUUUUUCAUAAACCGAGGAAUGGGAUUUUAAUUAUUCAGACACCCAGCUCCUCUGGGUCAGCCGCUGUUGGGAUGGUUCUGGUCACACGGCGUUAAAGGGACCAGCCGCCUCUUGCGAACACCGGGAAAGCGUCCUGGACAUCCUUUGCAGUUGAACGAAACGAAGCUGACUUGGUAGCGCGGGGCAUCGAUCGCCGGUGCCCAUCCGGACCCUCCUCCUCCUCUUUCCCCGGGCGUCCCCCCCCCCCCCCCCCCUCACCGGAGGCAGGCUCCCGCGGCUUAGCCCGGGACCUCGUGUCCUGGCACCGUGGUCUGGGCUACAUAUUUCAUGAGGCCGGGGUGAACAGGUGCGAAGUGCGCUGGGAGCAUCCGGCCCACCACGGCAGCGCGGGGGGAACCAUGGAGAGCGAACGUGACAUGUACCGCCAGUUCCAGGACUGGUGCCUCAGGACUUACGGGGACUCGGGCAAGACCAAGACGGUGACCCGUAAGAAAUACGAGCGGAUCGUCCAGCUCCUCAACGGCUCCGAGGCGAGCUCCACCGACAACGCCAAAUUUAAAUUCUGGGUCAAGUCGAAGGGUUUCCAGCUGGGCCAGCCGGAUGAGGUCCGCGGGGUAGGCGGCGGCGCCAAGCAAGUGCUCUUCGUGCGGGUCAAGACCACGGAUGGCGUCGGAGUUGAUGAGAAGUUGUCCUUAAGGAGAGUGGCUGUGGUUGAAGAUUUCUUUGACAUCAUCUAUUCCAUGCAUGUGGAAACAGGACCGAAUGGAGAACAAAUCCGGAAGCACGCUGGGCAGAAGAGAACUUACAAGGCAAUUUCAGAGAGCUACGCCUUCCUACCAAGAGAAGCGGUGACACGGUUUCUAAUGAGCUGUUCCGAGUGCCAGAAAAGAAUGCACUUGAACCCAGACGGAACCGAUCACAAAGAUAAUGGGAAGCCUCCUACACUGGUGACCAGCAUGAUCGACUACAACAUGCCAAUCACCAUGGCAUACAUGAAGCACAUGAAACUGCAGCUGCUAAACUCCCAGCAAGAUGAGGAUGAGAGUUCGAUAGAAAGCGAUGAAUUUGAUAUGAGCGAUUCAACAAGGAUGUCAGCCGUGAACUCUGACCUUAGCUCCAAUCUAGAAGAAAGAAUGCAAAGUCCCCAGACUCUCCAUGGCCAGCAAGACGAUGACUCUGCUGCAGAGAGCUUUAAUGGCAACGAGGCUCUGGGGCACAGCUCGGUUGCUUCAGGGGGAGCACAUGGCAGGGAGACUGGGGACUCCAGCAGUGAUGGCAAAGCCGGGCUGGAGCAGGAGGAGCAGCCACUGAACCUGAGCGACAGCCCCCGUUCUGCACAGCUGACUUCAGAAUACAGGAUAGAUGACCAAGGCAGUAAUGGGAAAAACAAGUAUAAGAACCUUCUAAUCUCUGACCUCAAGAUGGACCGAGAAACACGGGAAAAUGGAAACAAGUCUCCGGCACACAGCUACUCCAGCUAUGACUCUGGCAAAAACGAGAGUGUUGAUCGAGGUGCCGAGGAUCUGUCACUCAACAGGGGAGAUGAAGAUGAAGAUGAGCAUGAUGAACACGAGGAUUCUGAGAAGGUGAACGAGACGGAUGGUGUGGAAGCAGAGAGGCUGAAAGCUUUCAAUAUGUUUGUCAGGCUGUUUGUAGAUGAAAACUUGGACCGAAUGGUCCCAAUCUCUAAGCAGCCCAAAGAAAAGAUCCAAGCUAUCAUUGACUCAUGCAGGCGACAAUUCCCUGAGUAUCAAGAGCGUGCCAGAAAACGUAUCCGUACUUACCUCAAGUCCUGCAGGCGGAUGAAAAGAAGUGGUUUUGAGAUGUCUCGACCUAUUCCUUCCCACCUUACUUCAGCAGUUGCAGAGAGUAUCUUGGCUUCAGCCUGUGAAAGUGAGAGCAGAAAUGCUGCCAAGAGGAUGCGCCUGGAGAAACCACAGGACGAGGCCACGCCCACUGACAAACAGUGCAAGCCCGAGGCAGCCCAGGCCACCUACUCAACAUCUACUGUUCCAGGCUCCCAGGAGGUACUGUACAUCAAUGGCAAUGGGACCUACAGUUACCAUAGUUACCGAGGGCUAGGAGGAGGACUGCUAAACCUGAAUGACACUUCUAGUAGUGGACCCACAGAUCUCAGCAUGAAGAGGCAGCUGGCGACCGGCUCGGGAUCCUCCGGCAGUUCCAACUCCAGACCUCAGCUGAGUCCGACGGAAAUCAACGCGGUGAGACAGCUUGUCGCGGGGUAUCGAGAAUCCGCGGCGUUCCUCCUGCGCUCCGCGGAUGAACUGGAAAAUCUCAUUUUGCAGCAGAACUGAGGCAGACGACGUCCGUGCUCGCUGAGUUCCGGAUUUCCAGUUUCCACAUUGAUUAUCCUGGUCGUGCUGCACAGUCUUUUAAGAGAAACACUUCCAUCGUGCCACGUUGUCCUUGAUCUAUAUUCUGGUGUGUCAAGGAACUUCAAAGGAACUCUGACCUUGAAGUGCUUGAGAUGCUCAAAUGUGCCCAGCCUCUUGCUUUUUGUUUUAGCGUGUCAGCAUAAAUAUCAUAAGCAAUUUUUUUCAAAAAAAAAAUACACAAGGCUGUGUUCUCUUAAUUCAAGGAUAAAAAUGAAGAAGCUUGUGGUAGAUUAAAAAAAAAUAGCUCAAGAUCCAACUGAAAUAUUAGUGGAAUUUUCUACUGACUCAUUGGACUGAAAGGUGAAGUAUCUGGAAAAAAAAAAAAAAAACUAGAAAAAGCCAAAUUUCUUGUUGCUACGGGAUAUGACAACAAUGAAAAAAGGAUCUUGUAUUUUAAAAGGAAAAAAAAUGUAAUUUUUAUAAAAGAAAACUUGUUUUUCAUUCAAAAACGGUCAUUUUUACUUUGGUAAAUUUUUCAUAGGUCCUAAAAGAAAACUGUUUUUUGAGAAACUACUGUAAGUACCCUUCCCACAUCCCUUUUGCCUUCUCCUCUUUUCAAAUUCUUUCUACAAACAGAAAAAACAAAAAAACAAAAACAACACUCAAUGCUGGAAAACCCUUUGCCUACUUUCGUUAAGCCGUCCCGUCAGGAGCUACUUCCAAGAGACGCCUGCAUCUCUGUACCUGUGCCGGUUUCAGAACACCCCGCCACUCGGCAGCUCACCGCGGCAGUUUCUCAUCGCAGAAUUUUCUAGACGUUACAAAGAGACGUACUGAAAACAAAACAAACCCAGCACGCCGUGCUCUCCUUAGAGCUGCCGGCCCCUGGCUGUGCUGCCCUCCCACAAGCCACAGUCCAGAACAGCUGGACGUAGGUGAUUGAAUGUGUUGUGAGGUUGCUAGUGACAAUCUUAAACUUUGCACUCUUGCGUGUACUUUUCAUUUCUAAGUUUCCAGAAAAGGCUGUUAUGUCUCCAGAUACGAUUUGUAUGAUUUAGAUUUUUUUUUUUCUUUUUCCUUUUUCUUUUUGGCUAAAAUGGAGAACUCUUAGCAGAUAGAGCUGUCUGUUCGCAAUGAACGCUCCCCUCCUAUCCUGCCCCCGCCCCCCGUGCCCUGCCCUUUUCUUCACUUUUGUGUUAGACACACUCUGAGCGGUGUUUCCUGUACACCGAAGCAAGCCUAUUUUUUAAAUAUUUAAGAAGUGCUUUAGUUCACGCUUGUACUAUUUUCCUUUCUGUUGAAUUACAAAUGCUUCGUGCAUUCUUGAAUUUGCCUUAUUUUAUGUAAAACCUGUUAUUCGGUUUCUGACACUGAGUUGAAGGCAUCAGUGGUGUUCUUUAUCUACUUGUUACAUAUAGUUUUUUCAAGUACUGACUGUGAUUGUGACCGGGUAAUGUGCACUUUUUCUUGUAACUGUGGACAUUGCUAUGCUUUUUUUCUUCUAGUGUUUCUAGAAUUAUUGUUCCUUACAGUUACGUAAACAAAAAAAGCAAAAACAAAAACAAAAAAAAUACAAAAAAAAGUUUUGUGAUACUGUUGGUGACUAUAAUGUGAAAAUCUUAUUGAAAUCUGAGUAUUUUGGAAAUACAUAGACGCACAAACAUCUUUUAAAGGUGUGAAUUUAGAGUUUGCUUAUUUAAUGAAAAUUUUAAAAAAUUGAGGGCUGGUAUAACUUUCUCUGU